UUUAUUUUGUUGAAAACGUUUAUUUGUAGUGAUCACAAGCGAUCGGCACAGGCUAUUCUGUGUGUAAUUUCCACCUCUUGAGUUUGUUGAUUGUUUCCGUAAUGUGAAAGGUUGACAGUUCAAAGUCAACGUUUACUACGAACGAAUUUCCGCAGUAAGCCUAUAGAUAUGUAUUUAGUGGAGCUAAUGUAGCUGCUAUCUUGACCUGUCACAAUGGAGAGAUGUUCUGAAAUGAGGACAGAGUUCUGUUCAAUCCUGGGAGGUUCUACUCACAUAAUCAAAUUUGGACAACUGCCAAACAAAAAACAACAUGCACCAUAUAUAUUUCUGGUUAUUCCUGGAAACCCAGGAAUAAUUGAGUAUUAUGAGGAAUUCCUGAGAGUGUUGUAUUUCAACACAGGGUCGAGGAUUCCCGUCUGGGGCAUCUCGCACGCUGGACACGUGUCUGUUCCAAAGUCUGCCAGUGGAUUUUCAGAAAUAUUAAAAGACCCUCCUGGCGUGUUUUCACUCGGCGGACAAAUCAAACACAAGAUCGAAUUCAUCAUGCAGAGAAUUCCCGAUAACGUCCGACUGAUUCUGAUUGGCCACUCGAUCGGCUGCUACAUGAUCCUCAAACUGAUGGACCAGGUCCCGCACAAGAUCCUGCGCUGCUUCCUCCUCUUCCCGACCAUCGAGAGAAUGGCGCUGUCACCGCAGGGUGUCUACGUCGCUCCGCUUCUCUACUACUUACGCUGGCUAGCUGUCCUCGCCGUCAAGGCUCUGUCCUACCUGUCGCCGCACGUCCAGUACCGCCUCAUCUUGCGCUACUUCAAGGACUUCAAGGUGCCCGAGUGCGCACUCAAUGCCACCAUGAGCCUGUUCGAUCCCGUCUGCGUUAACAAGGCGACGUUCAUGGCAAACCAGGAGAUGCAGCAGGUGACCCGGUUGCCCGAGGACAUCAUUCGUAAGAACAUUUCCAAGCUGAGCUUCUACUACGGUUCGUGCGACCACUGGUGUCCGAAAGAAUACUGUUACCAGCUGAAGCGGAAGUUCCCGCACGCCGAUAUCUACAUGUGUCAAAACGACUUCUCGCAUGCGUACGUUCUCGAGGCCAGCGACAAAAUGGCAGACAUAAUUUGGUCGUGGAUUCAGAAAGAUUUGCACAAGUUAAAAGAUUAGUUCGGAGACGAAAUCCAAUGGACGGAACACAAAAACGAUUGUAUAUUUAAUAUAUUAAGUUAUAAAAUGAAGUUGAACAGGAGAUGAACAUGACCGGGCUUGAAACACAAACUCUUAAAUGAACAUGGGAUGAAUGUGUUUGAAGACAAAACAAAGAUUGUGUGUUGAGUGAGAAUUAUUUUUUAUUGCCAAUGUACCAGUUGUUGUUAGUAGGGGUUAGGCAGGGUCCCCCCACAAAUCAGAAGAUAUUGCAUUGGCCCACUCUGUAGUUGACAACCAAAUUAAUUAUAUAUAUAACUGGCCACCCCAAAUAAACCCAUUUCACAUUGCAACUACAUGUAAGAUGUUCUGAUGCCUAUGUUUAUCGACUUGUAUUAAGUUGAAUAUGAGAGAAAUGUACUCGAGAGGGAAAUGAAGAGAGAUCAUUAAAAUUUUGUUAAAUAUAUUUUAAAAUGAACAUGGAAAUACCUGUGGCUCUCAAGUUAUAUAAAGUUGAAUGUGAGAGAAAUGAACUCGAUAGGAAAAUUAAAAAUUAUUUUAAACUGAACAUGGGGAAAAAACCCACCUGUGGUUAUUAAGUUAUAUAAAGUUGAUCAUAAGAUAAAUGAACUCAAUAGGAAAAUGAAAAGAGAUUGUGUGUUAAAUUAAAUUAAUUUUAAAGUGAACAUGGGGAAAACAUGUGGUUAUUAAGUUAUAUAAAGUUGAACAAGAGAUAAAUGAAGUCAAUGGGAAAAUGAAGAGAGAUUGUGUGUUUAAUUAAAUUUAUUUUAAAAUGAAUAUGGGAUGAAUGUACACAUACUCGAGGCACCACGCCAAACAUUGCCAUGUAACAAAUUCAGGGAAGAGAUUAAUUGCUUAAAAUCUAACCAUCACAUAUUUUGUUUCACAUACAUGUAGUCCAUGGGCAUUAAUACCAUAGUAGCAAAUAUAUAUAUAUAUAGAUAUAGAUAUAGAUAUAGAUAUACAUAUAGAUAUACAUAUAUACACACACACAUGUAUAUGCAUAUUUUUUUUACUUUCAAUUUAUUGAAAGGGACUCUCCAGAGUUUGCAAUCACUGUAACAUAUUUCCAAAUAAUAAAUAAUCUUUUUAACAA